AUGGACCAUCACUGCCCGUGGUUCAACAACUGCGUCGGCUUCAACACCUACAAGUUCUUCUUGCUCACUCUCUUCUAUGCGGUGGCUUUGUGCAUGUACAGUGUGGCGACGCAAGGAGCCCACUUGAUUGCGUGGUUGUCAGAUCCAUCGCUGUUGAAGCCUUAUGUCUUCCACGUGGGCUUCACCUUUCUUCUGGGCUCCACGUUGGCCAUCGGGCUGGGCUUUUUCCUUGUGAUGCAUCUGUCCAUGGUGUCGAGGAAUGAAACGACGCUGGAGAGGUUGCGCAGUGAGGUCUUCCUGGAAGCCGGAGAUUCAUUCGACCUCGGCGACCGUUGCGAGAACUUCGUGCAGGUGUUCGGUCCACGACGGUCACUGUGGAUGGUUCCCAUCUUCACGAGCGUCGGCGACGGCGUCCGGUUCGCAACCAGGCUGCACCCCACGCGAGGCGCUGUCGAGUCGCUGCCAUCAACCAUCAUGGCAACUUACUCUGCAGCCACGUACUCGUCGGGCUCAUCAAGCCAUAAUGUCGGAUCAACGAGCGUGAAUAUAGUGCAAUAG